GCCCGCCCCGCCGCGGCCGGGCGCCCGAGUAAUAUGCUCACUCGAGUGAAAUCUGCCGUGGCCAAUUUCAUGGGCGGCAUCAUGGCUGGCGGCGGAGGCUCCGAGCACGGCGGCGGCGGCGGCGGAGGCUCCGACCUGCCCCUGCGCUUCCCCUACGGCCGGCCCGACUUCCUCGGGCUGUCUCAGGACGAGGUGGAGUGCAGCGCCGACCACAUCGCCCGCCCCAUCCUCAUCCUCAAGGAGAGCCGGCGGCUGCCCUGGGCCACGGGCUACGCGGAGGUUAUCAAUGCUGGGAAGAGCACACACAAUGAGGACCAGGCCAGCUGUGAAGUGCUUACUGUGAAGAAGAAAGCCGGGGCCAUCACCUCCACCCCAAACAGGAACUCUAAGCGACGGUCAUCCCUUCCCAACGGAGAAGGGCUGCAGCUAAAGGAGAACUCUGAGGCCGAGGGCGUUUCCUGCCACUACUGGGCGCUGUUUGACGGCCACGCGGGCUCGGGGGCGGCCGUGGUGGCGUCGCACCUGCUGCAGCAUCACAUCACGCAGCAGCUGCAGGACCUCGUGGACAUCCUGAAGAACUCGGCCGUGCUGCCGCCCACCUGCCUGGGCGAGGAGGCCGAGGGCACGCCGGCCCACGGGCGCGCGCUGACCCGGGCCGCGUCGCUGCGCGGAGGCGUGGGCGCCCCCGGCUCCCCCAGCACGCCGCCCACGCGCUUCUUCACCGAGAAGAAGAUCCCCCACGAGGGCCUGGUCGUCGGCGCCCUGGAGAGCGCCUUCAAGGAGAUGGACCUCCAGAUAGAACGUGAGAGGAGCUCAUAUAAUAUAUCUGGUGGCUGCACAGCCCUCGUUGUGGUUUGCCUUUUGGGGAAGCUGUAUGUGGCCAAUGCCGGGGACAGCAGGGCCAUUAUCAUCAGAAAUGGAGAAAUCAUCCCCAUGUCUUCAGAAUUCACCCCUGAGACCGAGCGCCAGCGACUUCAGUACCUGGCAUUCAUGCAGCCUCAUUUGCUGGGAAAUGAGUUCACACAUUUGGAGUUCCCAAGGAGAGUCCAAAGAAAGGAGCUCGGGAAGAAGAUGUUGUACCGGGACUUUAACAUGACAGGCUGGGCGUACAAAACCAUUGAGGAUGAUGACUUGAAGUUUCCCCUUAUAUAUGGAGAAGGCAAGAAGGCCCGGGUAAUGGCAACUAUUGGAGUGACCAGGGGACUUGGAGACCAUGACCUGAAGGUUCAUGACUCCAACAUCUACAUAAAACCAUUCCUGUCUUCAGCUCCAGAGGUUAGAGUCUACGAUCUCUCCAAAUAUGAGCAUGGCGCAGAUGAUGUGCUGGUCUUGGCCACUGAUGGACUCUGGGACGUUUUAGCAAAUGAAGAAGUAGCGGAGGCAAUCACUCAGUUCCUUCCUAACUGUGACCCAGAUGACCCUCACAGGUACACGCUGGCAGCACAGGACUUGGUGAUGCGUGCGCGGGGCGUCCUGAAGGACAGAGGCUGGCGGAUAUCGAAUGACCGGCUGGGUUCUGGAGAUGACAUUUCUGUAUAUGUCAUUCCUUUAAUACAUGGAAACAAACUGUCAUGAAAGUGACGCCAGGGGAUUGGGAAGACCAUGGGGAAGAAAACUGGGAUGCCUCUAGGCAGGACAGAACUGGAAAAUGUCCGAGCUGGUUUCCAUGGGAUGCAUUUUCUUCCCAGCACAAGUGAGGAGCUUGCUGCCAAAAAGAGCCUUUGGCUUUGCUUCAAGGUGACCCUUAGGUUCCCAUGUCUUCUUAGUAGCAGGUCUGGACACUGAACAAGAGCUAAACACAAAGCCUGUUAUAUUCCUGUUGGUUUCUUUAUAGGCCUCCUAGGUGGCAUUGCCUCUUUGGGCCCAAACAUCAUAUUUAUUUUCUCUAGAGUAGCUGGGACAGCCAUUUUUGGGUGUAACUGGCUGAAGGCUCCUCAGCUAGGCAAGCUGACAGCUUCUCUCCAGGUUAAGUGCUGCACUGGAAAGUUGAGGACCAUGCCUCAGAGAGUGUAAGCGCCAAAUUCAUUUCAGGGAUCCUGCCUCUCCCUCCCUCCCUCCCUCCCUCCCUCCCUCCCUCCCUCCCUCCCUCUCUCCCUCUCUC